UUUCCUCGACCACUAAAGAGCGGUGUGAAUGUCCUUUCAUUUCAAAUAUCUGUUAUUACCGCUUUUGACAUGUGACAAUGUAUACGAUUUGUUUGUUUGUCGCACCACUUUGUUGUUUUGUAACAAUGACAUCAGAGCAUAAAUAGGGCCAGCAGUUGCUGUGGAUCUUUAGUCAGUGCUUGAUGCUAUUACUGUAACAUGUCUAACAUCUCUGUCAGCUCAGCUUUUAUGGAGAGCCGUGUUUUUACUUCAGCAGUUUCUCUCGAGAAGCCUGCGCAUUCAAGAAAAUCACGAAAACCUUUAACCAGUCCUCCAAUCCAUGUGUCGUCUUUAGUGCCAGUAUCCUCGCGGCCAAUGACUGAUUUCUCCAUCAGCAGAAUCCUGGGUCUGGAAAGCAACGAAACAGAACAGAAGACAACAUCUACAGCUUUGACUGUGUACAACCGCAACUCCAGUCAAUCGUUGAGACCUGAACGCAACUGUGGCAACAAUAGCCCACAAUCAUCUUCUUCCGAUUAUGCCAACUCCACCAGCGAUUGUGACAGCGAACCCGAUCGAUUCCCGACGUAUUCUGAAAAGAGGGCGAAAAAGAAACGGCAGCGUACGACUUUCUCGAUGUUUGAAGUAUGGGAACUGGAACGAGCUUACAUGAAGCGGCCAUAUUUGAUGCCGGAGGAUGAAGAAGACCUGGAAAAGAGGCUUGGGAUCACAGCCAGGAGUCUGAGGUAUUGGUUUCAAAACCGACGAGCCAAGUCACGAAGAGACGGGAAAAUGAUAGCGUCAGACUUUCAGAAAAACCCGUCAAACCAGUUUGAAAAGCCACCACAGACCUUGACCCAGUCCCCUUUAAAUUGCUGGAGGCAGGCUGACUGUCUUUCUUAUCCAGGGACGGGAAACUUCAUAGGGAAACUGAAUGCAUACAGCCGACCAAUCAGAACUGGCAAUGGACAGCCGUCAGUCAGGACAGACCAUUUGUCUAAGCGUUCGUCGUUUUUCGUGCCCAUGUUCCACCCAGACCAGUUCCGAAGAAGACAUGUUGCACUAAUUAGACCAGCGGACAACCGUGGUUCCAAAAGAUACCAGCCGUAUUGAGGUCUAUUUAUUGGUGUUAAUAUUUCCUUAAAGUUGAAUUUUUAAAAAAUUGCUGUUACGGUGUAGUGUGAGACA